AUGCCCGGCCGCACGUUGCCUACCAUUCCUCCCGCCGAGGUGCAGGCGCAUAACACCAGCAAGAGCUGCUAUGUCACCAUUGGCGAAAAAGUAUACGACGUCACCGACUUCCUCGACGACCACCCGGGUGGCGGCGAUCUCGUACUGGAAUAUGGCGGGAAGGAUGUAACCGCAAUCUUGAAGGACGAGGUGUCGCAUACACACUCCGAGGCCGCAUACGAGAUCCUCGACGAGAGCUUGGUCGGCUUCAUGCCCACGGAACCCAUACUAAAUGGCGCCACCAAGAGCAGCAAGCCUGCUGAAAUCGUACCCCUCCCGCCGUCGAAGGAGGGCCAAGCCGAACUCGCCGCCCAGCGACCACUGUACGUUGCGACAGGCAUGUCGGGAGCUGAGGACUUAUCAAAAGAUACCGAUCCCGACAGGGACUACAAACAGCACAAAUUCCUCGACCUUUCGAAGCCACUCUUGAUGCAGGUGUGGUUCGGCGGCUUCUCGAAGGACUUCUACCUGGAGCAAGUACAUCGACCAAGACACUACAGGGGUGGAGACUCAGCGCCGCUGUUUGGAAAUUUUCUGGAACCGCUGAGCCUUACCCCGUGGUGGGUAGUCCCAACGGUGUGGCUUCCUCCAGUGAUUGCGUGUACCGCGUAUGGAUAUUCAGAGCUGGGUGGCAUGCCGACCGCGGGGUAUUGGCUGUUCGGCUUGGCUUUCUGGACGCUCUUGGAGUACACUCUGCAUAGGUUCCUGUUCCACUUGGACUACUAUCUUCCGGACAAUCGCGCAGCGCUAACGAUACACUUCCUGCUUCACGGCAUCCACCAUUACCUUCCCAUGGACAAGUACCGCCUUGUCAUGCCGCCCACGCUCUUCGCCGCCCUCGCUGCACCUUUCUGGAAGGUCGCCCACUUCAUCAUCUUCUGGAAUUGGCACGCCGCACUCACCGCGUACGCCGGUGGUGUGUUCGGAUACAUAUGCUACGACAUGACGCACUACUUCCUUCACCACCGCAACCUGCCGGCCUACUGGCGCGAGCUGAAGAAGUAUCACCUGGCACACCACUUUGCGGACUACCAGAAUGGCUUUGGUGUGAGCAGUCGGUUCUGGGACCGUGUGUUCGGCACUGAGCUAGACAUGGCACCCCCAAAGGUUGUCAAGACCAAUUGA